AUAUGACUGGAGACAUUGGCAACCAAGGGACUUGCACGACGUGCACCUUCAGCGAGGACUUCAGCAACUACUGGACCGCGGUGCUCUUCUUCAAGCACACCAACGGCAGCUACAAGCGCGUCAAGAUUAUGGAGAACGACGCUCUCCCCGCAGGCAUCAACGGCGGCAUGACAAUCUACUACACGCAGAAGGACUUCAACUCCAACGGGAACCAGAAGAUCACCGCGUUCCCGCCCGGCUUCCGCAUGACUGUCGGCAGCCCAACCCAAGGCAAAGACGGCAUGACCAAGCACAAAGGCCUGCGCUUCACCUGCCUCGACACCAAGUCGACGCGCUUCCCCGAAAUCGAUGACUUCCCCAAGAAGCCCUGCAAGGGCGGCAUCAUGACUGAGCACCACUUCCCUGCGUGCUGGGACGGCAAGAACCUCGACAGCCCCGACCACCAAGCGCACAUGUACGACACGCAGCCCACAGGCUUCGCCGCGGGCGCUGCCUGCCCGAGCAGCCACCCCGUGAGAGUGCCGCAGCUGGCGUACGAGACACUCUGGGACACGGCAGAGUUCAAAGACAUGUGGCCCAAGGACGGCUCGAACCCUUUCGUCUUCAGCUACGGCGGGCAAGACGGCCACGCGUACGGCACGCAUGCUGACUACAUGUUUGGCUGGAAAGGCGACGCCCUCCAGCGCGCCAUGGACUCCUCGUGCAUGUUCACCGCGUGCGAGAACGGGAAGCCGCUCAAGAGCCAGAGCGUCAGCCAGAUGAACGCGUGCAAGGCCAAGGAGAUUGUGAACGAGAGCCACGAUGGGUGGCUGAAGGCGCUGCCGGGAAUGACUGCUUAGGUAGACACGUGCACGUGUGCGGGACGAGUCGAGGUGGGUGCUUUGGAGGGCGUUUCGUCUAGGUUGGGUUCGGGGCAAGGUGGGAGGUGUAGACUGCUUGCUGAAUUCACUCGUUUUGUUUUCGUAAUGGGGAGCGAG